UCAGCUAACUCCCACCAUACUUCUCCCAAUUCCAAUUCCAAUCCAAAUUCUCAAAUCCCAUUUCUCAUUUUCAUAUCUCCAUUCCCAAACAUGGGAAUCCAACUCUUCGUUCUAAUGGUACUUCCCAUGUUAGCUCCCACUCUCACACUCUCUUCACCAUUUCCAGACCCUGAACUUGUAGUACAAGAAGUUAAUGAGAAAAUCAAUGCAUCCAGAAGGAACUUGGCAUUUCUCUCAUGUGGCACCGGCAACCCUAUAGACGACUGCUGGCGUUGCGACCCCAACUGGGAGAAGAACCGGCAAAGGUUGGCGGAUUGCGCAAUUGGGUUUGGCAAACAUGCCAUUGGAGGUAGAGAUGGCAAGAUUUACGUCGUGACCGACUCAGGGGACGAUGCGGUGAAUCCCAAACCGGGAACGUUAAGAUAUGGUGUUAUCCAGAAUGAGCCAUUAUGGAUCAUAUUUGCACGCGAUAUGGUCAUUAAGCUCAAGCAAGAACUGAUGAUGAACUCAUUCAAGACCAUUGAUGGGAGAGGUGCAAGUGUGCACAUUGCUGGUGGACCAUGCAUCACCAUACAGUAUGUCACAAACAUCAUAAUCCAUGGCCUUAACAUACAUGACUGCAAGCAAGGGGGGAACGCAUAUGUGAGGGAUUCACCUGAGCAUUAUGGGUAUAGGACUGUGUCUGAUGGUGAUGGGGUUUCCAUCUUUGGUGGGAGCCAUGUUUGGGUGGAUCACUGCUCGUUGUCCAAUUGUCGUGAUGGCCUCAUUGACGCCAUCCAUGGCUCGACCGCCAUCACCAUCUCGAACAACUACAUGACACACCAUAAUAAGGUUAUGCUCUUGGGGCACAGCGAUAGUUUUACACGUGACAAGAACAUGCAGGUCACCAUUGCAUUCAACCAUUUUGGAGAAGGGCUGGUGCAGAGGAUGCCAAGGUGCAGGCAUGGGUAUUUUCAUGUGGUGAACAAUGACUAUACACAUUGGGAAAUGUAUGCUAUUGGUGGCAGUGCAGCUCCCACAAUCAACAGCCAAGGGAAUAGAUUUCUUGCUCCUGAUAGAGUGGACAAUAAGGAGGUAACAAAACACGAGGAUGCACCAGAAAGCCAAUGGAAGAAUUGGAACUGGAGGUCAGAAGGGGACCUAAUGCUGAACGGUGCCUUCUUCACAAGGUCAGGUGCUGGAGCCUCAUCUAAUUAUGCCAAGGCGUCAAGCUUAAGCGCUAGGCCAUCUUCUUUGGUGGGCUCAAUGACGAUGGGGGCUGGUUCGCUCAGCUGCAAGAAGGGCAAACGGUGCUGAUCCAACAUGGCAAAACACAUGGGGGAUUCAGCAUUCGAGACUAUGUCAUUGUAUUUACAUAUGAAUUUACCUUCUAGGCCACAACCUAUACAUUUCUUAGUAAAUUUUGUUACUAUGUUGCAACAACAUCGGCCUGUCUCCACCAUGAAAUGCCAUUAACCAUUUAGGAAAGUAUAAGAAUCCUAAUGGGAAUCGAGGGGGAAGACAAGGGCCGUUGAAUUGAUAAAUGUAACUUUCUGUGCACAAUUUCACUAAGAAUUGCUCAAGUUCUCUACA